UGAAUUGGAUGGAGGGGAGACUGGGAGUUCUCUGGAGAUGAAUGUAAGCACAUAGAUCUUUUCAAAAAUCCUCACAUGGCUGCUUCAGUUCCACUGAGUGGUGAGACCCAACUCAUUCAGAGUCUGUUUGCAAUUGUAGUAAAGGGUCAUUGGAACCACCUCUUGAAACCCAAGCUUGGGUCUUGUCUCACCUCUUCCACCAUUCACCAGGUACUCCUGCAACUCUCACUCUAUGGCUACAGCCCUUCACUUUCCUUGUCUUUCUUCAAAUGGGUGGAGUCGGUACCCAAUUACAAGCACUCCUUGCAGUGCUCUUGGACCAUGGUUCACAUUCUCACUAAGCACAGACACUUCAAAACUGCACACCAAUUACUUGAGAAGAUUGCCUUUAGGGAUUUCUUGUCAUCCCCAACUGUUUUGAAUGCUUUGAUUCCGACCCAAGAUGACCCGGAUGUGAAUUCCCAUGUUUUGAGCUGGCUUGUGAUAACUUAUGCUAAUUCUAAGAUGACCCAGGAUGCGAUUCAGGUUUUGGAGCAUAUGAGGGUACAUGGGUUUAAGCCCCAUUUGCAUGCUUGUACUGUGUUGUUGAAUUGUUUGGUUAAAGAUGGGUUGAUUAGUAUGGUUUGGAAAGUUUAUAAGAAGAUGAUUCGGACCGGGGUUGUUCCGAAUAUUCAUACAUACAAUGUGUUGAUUCAUGCUUGUUGCAAGUCUGGGGAUAUAGAAAAGGCGGAAGGAUUGGUGAGUGAGAUGGAGUUGAGGUGUGUGUUUCCUGAUCUUUUCACCUAUAAUACUUUGAUAUCAUUGUAUUCCAAAAGAGGUAUGCACUAUGAAGCUUUGUCUGUUCAAAAUAGAAUGGAAAUGACAGGAGUUAGUCCUGACAUGGUGACAUACAAUUCUCUUAUGUAUGGAUUUUGUAGAGAAGGAAGGAUGACAGAAGCUGUAAAACUUUUCCGCGAUAUCAAAGGUUGUGUUCCUAAUCAUAUAACUUACACUACAUUGAUUGAUGGGUAUUGUAGAGUGAAUGACCUGGAAGAAGCUUUAAGAUUGUGUGAGGUUAUGAAGUCUAAGGGGUUGUAUCCUGGAGUUGUUACUUAUAAUUCUAUUCUUCGCAAGUUGUGUCAAGAAGGCAGGAUGAGGGAUGCGAAUAAGCUUUUGAAUGAGAUGAGUGAAAAGAAUGUUGAGCCUGACAAUGUCACAUGUAACACCCUGAUUAAUGCUUAUUGCAAAAUCAGAGAUAUGAUGUCUGCAGUGAAAGUGAAGAACAGGAUGUUGGCAUCUGGGUUGAAGCUGGAUGAAUUUACAUAUAAAGCACUCAUUCAUGGAUUUUGUAUGGUACCGGAAAUGGACGGUGCUAAAGAUCUUUUAUUUAGCAUGCUUGAUGCGGGGUUUUGCCCAAGUUAUUGCACAUAUACAUGGAUUAUAGAUGCUUACUGCAACCAAGGCAAUGAAGAAGCAGUUAUAAGAUUACCAGAUGAGUUUGUUAGAAAAGGUAUUGUUGUUGAUGUCUCUCUGUACAGGGCUUUAAUAAGGAGGUUAUGUAAACGAGAAAGGCUAGAUUGUGCUGAAAAGGUUUACAGUUUAAUGCAAGAGAAGGGUAUAUUAGCAGACAGUGUAGUAUUUACUAGUCUAGCAUAUGCUUACUUGAAAGCAGGAAAAUCAAGUGUAGUUUCAGGGAUGUUAGAUGAAAUGUUCAAAAGGAGGUUGAUGGUAACACGCAAGAUCUACAGGUCUUUCAAUGCAUCAUAUGCCAGUGAAAAUGACAUCUUACGUCUCUUUUGGGAGCAUAUGGUCGAGAGAGGCCUGAUGUCAAAAACUGUUAUGAUUACGGAAAUGCAGCAAACAUAAAUCAACAUCGGAGAUGUCACUGGGAGUCUGAUAGUAGACUCAAUCUUUCCAUACCACAAGGGUUUGUGACACAAACUUCUUGUGAAUCCACAUGUCUUGAAAUGUGUUAGAGACUGUUAUGAACUCCAGGCGCUCAAGUUAUAUGGAAUUGCCAAAAGGUUAAGAGACAACGGGAGUUGCUUCUGCCACUCAUUUUGGUAUCAAGUCUAGCUUUUUACUCCCUCUUAAUGCUCUAGACUCUUGUGAAAACCAAGAAAGCUUAUGGUAUGGUGGAAUUGUGAGCAGGUCACAAUCUUGUAAUGCCUGAUUAUCUUUUGGAAUAGCCAACUUCAAGGAGGUGCUGAUUUUCUUGCAGUUUAUAAUAGCACCCAAAACAACUACCAAGAGCACCACACAGCCAUGGUGUGCUAAAGAUUGGUUCGAAGUUACCCAGCAGCUAUGUCUCUACUUGUUAGAGAGGUGCUUCCUACCAUGAGUGUGGCAAUUGCAUUUUAAAGUGCAUCAGCUUGAGCUUGGUCUGAACACAGAAGUAUGCGAAAUGGGUUUCUACAAGAUUAUAUAACAUUUAGAAGGAAAUAAAUGAAUUGGUGAUGGUUUGGAGGAUGCUGAAAUCUUGUUUGACCAAGCAGUUUCAGAAUCCACCAUCUUGUAAAUGACAGGUAAAUGAGUGUUUUUGUUUUGGCAUAUGUGAAUCUC